CGCAUUAUCAAGAGUGUCACUUCUGUCAUAUUUUAUCUAUUAUUAUUAUUGCAUUUCAUGUGUAAUAUUUUCUUGCAGGAACCUUGUGAUUAACGUAGGCAGACACCACAUUCCUUUUGCACUCUUCCCUAUAACUUCUAAGUAAUUGCUUUCAGCAGCUCCUUCCUCGUCUCCACCUCUUACUCUAUAUUCUGCUUUAUCCCCCUCAUUACCCACCCCUCAUCACUAUGGCCAGCGGCACACGCUCGAAAGCGGACUCUGACAUGAAGCAGAAAUUAGCUGAAUUGAAGGAUUUCGCAGCCACCAUAUUUGACGAUGAGGCAGAACGGAAAGAAUAUGUGAGAGCACAAUUUGAGGCGCUCAGAAGAAAGGAAGACGAAAAGGAAGAAAAAAGAGUGGAAGACGAAAAGGAAGAAAAAAGAAAGGAGAAGGAAGACGAAAAAGAAGAAAGAAGAUUAGCAAGGGAGCAUGAAAUAGCUAUGGAAAGGGAGAGAAGGGAAACAGACACAGCUAAAGAAAGAGAAAGAAAGGAAGCUGAAAUAGCUAUUACCAGAGAAAGAGAAAGAAAGGAAGCUGAAAUAGCUAUCGCUAAAGAAGUCACAGAGCGAGAAAGAGAGCAACAAAUUACAGCGAGAGAAAAGAUAGCCGCGGACAAAGAGAACGAGGCCGCCCGCCAGGCUUCUUCCGAGUCUCGCCCGGCUAGCCCAGCAUCCUUUCAAAGUUCUUUGAACGGUCUACCCCACAUGCCAAUGGAGCACUUCGACGACAAGACAGAGAACAUCGAAGUUUAUCUUGUCCGUUUUGAGGAAGUAGCACGCUUUUACAGUCUGCCAGAGGAGAAAUGGUGCUUCCGGCUAUCCCAAUGCCUCCGAGGCAAAGCCUACGAAGUUUACUCCAAACUUCCCUCCGGCCAGCGAGAGGACUACACAGCCCUCAAACAGGCGCUACUCGUCCAGUUUGAGUUGACCGCCGAGGCCUACCACAAAAAGUUCAGAAGUUCCCGCCUCGAACGCAGAGAGACCUACGGCAACCUCUGCGAAAGGCUGGACAAGUACCUUGUCAGGUGGCACGCCCUCAGCCAAUUGCCAGAGACUUUUGAUGGCCUAGCGUGCCUCAUACUCUCGGAGCAGCUGUUGGAAUGCAUGUCCCCAGAGGUCAGAGUUUAUGUCAGGGAGCAACAAGCGACCGCGCCCGCUGACAUAGCUUCCGCCGCUGACCGGUACUUGAACGCCCGUAAGGACUUAAAAGGUAAAGCAACCGCGACAGACCAGCAAACGGACCAACCUCCUUCUCCUGCUCAGCCCGACCUUGCUCCCAAAACUCCCCAGCAUAACCAGGCACCAGGCCGACAAUCAGCCCCAAACAACCACAAUAACCGCCCCAACCACCAGUCUCGCUAUAACCAGGCUAACUACUCUCAGCGUGACUCACGUCAUAGCGCGCGUGACAGUAGACCUACUCCACAACGGCAGCAGCAGGCCCCACGGACCCUAUCCACGGUGACACCAGUCUCUCAACCCUCCGCGAUCGAUCUUUCUGAUCAACCGGAGGAGGACACAUACUUCGUCUCCACGAUGGCCGUGGCUCCUCAACCCACUGCCAUUGAACUCGGCCAACCAGAACUCCCACCCGUGCUACCUCACCCCGCCUCUUCUCCUCCGGGAGUAGAGAACAUUCUGGCCAACGGUGUUGAAGUCUUGGGCCUUUACGACUCAGGCUGUUCGUUCGGCGCGGUUAUAAAUAGAACGCUGAUUGACCCAUCGGAUCUCACUGGUGGAACAGUGACGAUCCAGUCCAUAGACCGUGGCACUCCUCCGCAGGUUCUACCUAUCGCGAGGGUACACGUGGAGUGCAGAUACGUACAUGGCACCAUUGACGCCGCCGUCAUGGACGCGCCGGUGUACGAUUUCAUUCUAGGCUCCAAAUAUGUCCCUCUUGGAGUAGUCAUCAAGCCACACUUCUCUCUGCCCGUCGGUAGAUCGACGAAGCAGAAACGUGGCAGCAACCAGCUGGUUGGAAGCCCUGGUCACCACGCUAACACGCUCAGUCCCGACUCAUCAGCAAAGCUCAAACCAUUCUGCCCUGGCAUUGACACUGCUAGAAAGUCACGAGUUAAAGUGUGCCCGCGCACUCGUGAGGGUCUACUUGACCCAGGCUACUCAGCCAAAACUAAGCAACAUUCCUCUGACAUUGACAGUGUCAGAAUGCCCCGAGGUGAGAUUAACCCUUGCUCUCGUGGACUCACUCCUCUCCAUGGCUCAUCAGCCACUACUCCGAAUCAACCUCUCCCUGGCAUUGAUAGUGUCAGGAAGUCACGAGGUAAGCCGAACCCUCGCGCCCGUGAAAACACUUCUCCCUAUGGCUCCUCAGCCACUAUUCCAAAUCAACCUACCCCUGGCAUUGAUAGUGUCAGGAAGUCACGAGAUAAGCCGAACCCUCGCGCUCGUGAAAACACUUCUCACCAUGGCUCCUCAGCCACCAUUCAAUAUCGACCUUCCCCUGGCAUUGACCAUGUCAGGAAGCCACGACGUAAGCCAAAUUAUAGCACUCGUGGGGACGUUCUCAGGCAGAACUCCACAUUCUUUAUCAGGCCACUCUUCCCUGACAUUGAUCAUGUCAGACGAUACCGAGGUAAGCUGACUACUUACUCUCGUGAAGAAGCACCUCACAGCGGCUUCGGAGGUAAGCCCCAACGAGCACACGUGCCUUGGGCACCCCGCCUAAGCCCCAAUCACCCUCCCCAAUCCGCCCCAGGAAGGAAUUAUUACUCACCCAAUCGCCCAAUCUACUCUCCCAAGCAACCCCAUAUGUUUCACUCAGGUGACUACAUACACAGGGACGGGAAGUAGACCACGGACAGACUUGGACAGACUCUCCUCCUGGCAUGGCUAUCACUUUAUUUUUCCAGAUUUUUUUUUCUAAUGCUGUGAUAACAACUGAUCUUAAAGUUAGAGUGACAUCAGUCUGCUCGCACUUUAUGGAUCUUUCUGCGAUAGAUCCAUCUUGGCGGCGGCGUAUGUGACAAGUCAAAAACUCGCUGUCAGAGUCACUCUAAAUUAUCACAGCAUUAAUUAUUAUUUUUCAUCAUUUAUUUAUUUUAUUUUAAUUAUUUCCCCGUCCUAACCCCAAUUUCUUCACCCGCGCCACCUUUUCCUCUCCAGGCUAGACUUAGUUGACCACAUUGGAGAUAGCUAAGGCGCGUUCUUUCAUUUAUCUGCCCUUGAUCGGGGAAAGGUAAACACACAAUCUCUUUUGUCUUGCCCGCCGGAUGUCUGAAGGACGGUCGCGGUUGACACCACCUUGGUUUGAAUACAAGCUAAUCCUCCCCCCCCCCCUUCUCUCACGUCUCUCUUUGAUCUAAGAGAUUACCCUGGUCAACAUACCGCGUGAUACACCAAGGUGCGUCGCUUGUCGGACUCCACCCACGUGUAAGCUAAUUCUUAGCCUAGGACGUUUCCUGUGUCCGCCCACAUUCCCCAGGCCUGUAUAUAAGUAGAUUUAAAUCGGGCCAGACCCUCUUUCAUUCUCAUACGAGCUAUCGAGUCUGGACUACUUCGCACAUUCUUUCUCCUAGAGGAAUACCUGGUGCCUCCCUCAGGUGUCUGCCUAUUUAUGUGCUGAGUGCUAUCCAGCACUGCACUGUCCUACUGAGACCUGCCUACUUAUUUG